AUGUCGGUCUCAGCGGUUGCUUCGCUGAGGCCUCUUCGCGGGAGAUGCUGGCAGCAUGCAACCUCUGGCCUGCUCUCCGUCCAGCUCCGGUCGCGAACCGCCACUGUCUACUUCCGCACCGUUAUCGAUCUCCGAUUAGAUCAGCAUCGAUUCCAAACGACGAACUCGUCUAAUAGACAGCAUGAUAGGGAUUUGGAAGCCAAGAAGGAUCAGUUGCCGAAGAAGAACCAACCACCGACGCAGCCACAGAUCACAUUUCGUCAAUUCGCUGGCCGGGCUCUUGCUGCUGGUCUUCGCAGUCUUGCAGUUGCCAUGAGCCCGACUGGUAUCAAAACUGCUUAUAGACAAAAUCCAGGUACCACCACACUGGGAAUCUUUGUUCUGGGUGUAGUAUCUAUCAUCGGCGCAUAUACCGUUUACCUCUACUUCAACUACUUUUACCAUUACCAAUUCACGAGAUACCCUAAGCCUAUCGCAAACUCUCUGCGACGUGCCUUAUACUACACCAACAUCAAUCCCGAUGCCGAACUAGCUCUUAAGUAUUACAAGCGUGCUAUGGACCAAUGCGCUGAGCAUGGCUUGGACCCUUACUCUGACGAGGUUCUGGGUAUUCGAAUUCAGACCUCCUACUGGCUCGAGAAGAUUACAAACUAUAAUGGAUGCUUGCAGGUGUUGGAGGGUAUCCUCGCCGAUUGCAACAGGUGGAUUAGUGUUAUGGAGCAAUCAGUUAAGGAGGGCAAGGUCAGCGAUGAAGGUAGACUUAUCAAGCCAGCAUCAGAGACCCCCGAGACCUCGUCAAGUCAAGUCACCACCGUCGCUGCAUCUACCCCAGAGCAAGGAAAGCCUGAAGAGGAGGAGGAGGCGCCCGAAAGCCUAUGGCAUAAGAGGCAGCGCAUCCUCGCCAAGACUGUUGGGAUUGCUAUCAAGCUCGGAGAAUUGUAUGCUGAUGAGCACGUUCUCGACCCUGACAACUCUCAAAAGCACCUCAUCUGGGCUGUCGAAACAGCCUUGAAGGAGGCUCGUCGCCGAAAAGCCGAAGGUGUCAAGCCCAGUGAGGGUGACUGGCUGAGCCCUGGACAAAUGGGUGGCGCUAUGGAGUCGCUUGGCCGUGACUACGAACGCAAAAACCAGUUCCAUCUUGCAAUUCCUCUGUUUUUCCAGGCUCUUCGUCUUUGCGAAACGCCCUGCCACCGCCCUAUUAUCAUGAACAACUUGGCCGCCAGCUUUGCUCAACAUCCCAUCUUUGUCCCCGCCAACAGCGAGCCCUCUGACAUGAUCAAGGAGUUGCACGACCCUGCCAUGCCUGCUACUCGAAAGGAGUGCCUGGAGGCUGCGCAGAACUGGGCCAAGAACGCCUACAAACAUGCUAAGGACGUUACAGGCGACGAGCGCACAGCCGAGUGUGAUGAGGCGUGUGCUGUUGCUUUGUGUAACUGGGGCGAUGUCGCCGCCAUGCUCGGCAAUAAUGACCUAGCUCGCAAGAAGUACAAGCAGUGUAUCGAAAUGGCUGGCAAGCUCGGCUUCCCUGACGCAGUAAAGCAGGCCCGCUCAGGACUCGCAAAGCUGCCUUGA